AUGCAGAGAAGCUACAGCGACAGCCGGCCCUUCAAGGAGAGGAAAAGUUUAGCAACUCGGAGACGUGAAGUGGCUGAAAUCCGGACAAAGUUUCCAAACAAGAUCCCGGUGGUGGUGGAGCGUUACCAGAAGGAAAAGGAGCUCCCCCGCCUGGACAAGAUCAAAUUCUUGGUCUCACGGGACCUGUCCAUGUCUCAGUUCAUGCUCACGCUGAGAGCUCGCCUCUUGCUUUCCUCCACACAAGCCUUCUACCUCCUGGUGAACAACAAAAGCCUGCCCAGUCUGAGUGUCACCAUGGCGGAGAUUUACCAAGACAGCAAAGACGAAGAUGGCUUCCUCUACAUGACUUAUGCCUCUCAAGAGAUGUUUGGCCAUAGUGGCUGUUGCUAA